AUGGUUCUUGAGCCUUCAGGUGGAGUCAUUUCCGAUUCAAUCUUGCAUCAGAGUCCUGCUGCAUCUCAUGAGACUCAGGCACAACAGAGCACAUCGUCUUGCGAGAAGGACCUCAUGGAUACUGGUGAUAAGUCUGUCCUUCCAUGGAACGUUUCAUCCACAGAAUAUGACGCCAGCCAUUCCCCAGAGAAAACGUCCUUUGUAAACCUGGCCUCUGCCAUUUUUACCUUUGUGUCCUUGCUGGUGGGGAUGGUUUCCAAUGGCCUCUUCCUGUGGGUGCUGGGGGUAAAAAUGAAGAAGACCGUGAAUACCCUCUGGUUCUCACAUCUGAUUUUUGCCUACUUAUUGUACUGUUCCUCUCUCCCUUUCUUCUCUGUCUACAUCCUGCUGGAUUUCCAUUGGGUCUUUGGAACAGUGGUUUGCAAACUUGUCAAUUCCUUCUUUUCGCUCGCCAUGUUCACCACGGUCUUUCUCCUCACCAUCAUCAGCCUGGACCGCUACCUUCUGAUCUGCCACCCUGUCUGGUCCCAGCACAACCGCACAGUUUCCAAGGCACGGAAAGUGGUGGCGGUAGUGUGGCUGGUUUCCAUAAUAUUCAGUGCUCCCUACUUGGUUUUCCGGAAGACUCAAGAGCUGGAGGACAAGACCAAGUGUCUCAAUAAUUAUAUUCUCUCAAAUGAUUUGGAUGCACUUGAGAUGGAGGCCUUGAGGGAUCGUGUUCACCUAGCUCUCUUUGUGGUCCGGUUCCUGCUGGCCUUCUUGCUUCCCCUCCUCAUCAUCGCAAGCUGCCAUUGUAGAAUGGCCUGGGAGAUGAAGAAGAGAAGGCUGGUGAGGAACAGAAAGCCAUUCCAGGUCCUGGUGGCCUCCGUGGCCUCCUUCUUCAUCUGUUGGCUUCCCUACCAUCUCUACCACAGUUCGCCAACGUACUGGAAGUCGUUUGACGUAACACAACAGGUGUUGCGGGUAACAAUGCUCCUCGGAGAAUGUUUCAAUUUCUGCUUCACGCCCAUUCUCUAUCUGUUUGUUGGGGAGAAAUUCCAGCAGGUCUUCAAGACAUCCCUUCUUGCUCUGCUUAAGAGAGGCUUUAUGGAUAUUCCCAUCAUUCUUACAGACAAUACCAGUGGCCAAACGGAGGGUCACCAAACUGGUAGCAUCUGCAGCUUGGAGCUGAAGCUCGCUCGAGGAAACAAUCAGCCAGCUCCCUGA